UUUCUGCAGCAAAGUCACGCGCGAAUUGGAAUCAGCUGCAGCAUCCCCACGUAUAGCUGGAAUCCUCUGUAGUAAAGUCCACUGUUCCUUAGACUGGGACGGCGUCGUUUCAUAUAGUCAUUCAAUUCACUUGCAAAAUCCCCAAUUCCAUCACGCGAUUUCUGUGAGCCCUAGCACUGCGUCUAGAUCUUCUGCCCCACUCCAUAACAGGUUUAUAUACGAUUCUGUAUUUCCAUGGAUAAAUACGACGAAGAAGCUCAUCAUUUCCAUCCAAGUGGCUGGCAGCCCCGCGGUGGCGGAGCUCCUCUCCACCAACACCAGCGUCACGAUAAUUUCCGAGGCAGGGGAGGAGGAAGAAACAGUCCUAAUAAUUACCCCAGCGGAUUCUCCAGUGGGGGUGGCCGGGGAAGCGGUGGUGGUGGGAGGGAAAACCACAGGCCUUAUGAUAGCCCGCCGCCCUACCCUCAGCCGUCUAGUCGGGAUGGAGGGGUAGGAGGAUUGAGACCAAUUGGUGAUGGAAUUGGAGGGUUUCGACCUACUGUUGGUGGCGUGGAUGGUGAAGAAGGGUUUUCUCCGAUGAGUGGCGGUGGUGGAAGAGGAGGGUUUCGACCAAUCGGAAGAGUUGAUGGGGGAGGGUAUCCACCAAUGGGUGGUGAUGGAUUUCAAUCGAUGAGGGGUGGCCGAAGUGACGUUGGAGGAUUUCGGCCCAUGGGUGGUGGCGGCGGCAGCGAUGUUGGAGGGUUUCAACCAAUGGGUGGCGGCGGCAGCAAUGGUGGAGGGUUUCAACCGACAGGUGGGAACAGACGAGAUUCUCCAGUGUUUAGACCAAUAGGUGGCAGUGAUAGUGAUGCUGGAGGGUUUCGACCGAUGGGUGGUGGUGGCACCGACGGUGGGAGUUUUGGUUUGGAUAAUUACCAUGUGCAACCUUCUCCUCUCACGGGCCAGAAGCGAGGGUACCCUUUUCCUAGUAGAGAAAGGUCUCCAGGCAGAGAAGGAGCUAGUUUUGCCAAACUUUUUGUUGGAUCUGUUCCAAGGACGGCCACUGAGAACGAUAUUCGACCUCUCUUUGACAAACAUGGACACGUUCUGGAAGUUGCUUUGAUCAAGGAUAAGAGGACUGGAAUUCAACAAGGAUGCUGUUUCAUUAAAUACGCUUCCUCUGAAGAGGCCGAUAGAGCCAUUAGAGCACUGCAUAACCAGUAUACUUUACCGGGGGGUAUGGGUCCUAUCCAAGUCAGAUAUGCAGAUGGAGAGCGUGAACGUCUUGGUGCUAUGGAAUAUAAAUUGUUUGUUGGGUCGUUGAACAAAAAAGCUGCUGAGAAGGAAGUUGAAGAAAUUUUUUCACGUUAUGGAAGAGUUGAAGAUGUCUAUCUAAUGCGUGAUGAAAUGAAGCAGAGCCGUGGAUGUGGAUUUGUCAAAUACUCUCAGAGAGAGAUGGCACAAGCAGCCAUAAAUGCUCUUAAUGGAACAUAUACUAUGGGAGGCUGUGAUCAGCCAUUAAGUGUUAGAUUCGCUGAUCCUAAAAGACCUAAACCUGGAGACUCAAGAGAUGGCCUUUCCUUCAGUGGACCUGGUUCUGAACCUCGUUUUCCUGCCCCUGGUAAUAGACCACCACCCAACCAAGGCCAGCUACUUUCUGGCCCUAUUCCUCCUAAUUCCUGGCCUCAAAUGAGUCUGCAUAACCAAGGACCGGCCUCUCAUGUUGGCAACCAUGGUUUUGGCAAUCAGUUUCAGGCUAGAUCCGGUGAUAUGGCUGUCUCUUCCACUCCAGAUCCUGUUGGAGGUCUUUCUGGCAAUGCAGUUUCACUUCCUGGACCCACUGGUUCUUCUGCUCCCGUGGCACAUAAUCUUAACCAGCCCUUGCCACGAACUCCAUCUUUUGGCUCAAAAAUAUCACCUGUACAGAGACCAAUCCAGUCGCCACAGGAUAUGCCAUCUUCCAUGCACUUGCAGCCAUUUAAUGCAGCAUCUUUCUCCAAUGUUCAAACUUUGCAGGGAUCACAUAUGCAACAGGGUCAAAUGCAAACACCUCACUCUUCUGGUCGAAGUCCUUACAUGCAGGCUCCAUCAUCACAACAGUUGCCUGGGCGAAACGCGACCGCAACUCAAGUGCAGCAUAAUGAUGCAUUAACAACUCCAGGACAAACACCUGGUGUGGCAAAUCAACAACGACCACCUUCUCAGCAGUUUCAACAAUCACCAUCACAGUUGGCUCAGAUGUUGUCACAACAGAAACAAACUCUACAGGCCACUUUUCAGUCAUCACAGCAAGCACUGAAUCAACUACAACAGCAGCUGCAUCAGCUACAACCAUCAAAUCCCCAUUUAACACCACAUCAGGGUCCACUAGGUGCUAGACCGCAGGUAUGACCAUGAACAACCUUCAUUUUGGUCACACAGUGGCCCACAUAGAACUGAAUUUGGAAUUGCUAUUCGGAUUAAUUUGAUAUAUUUUGUGUUUUUUUAGUGAAAAGUACUUAAAACUUGUUUGUGGUAGUGUUUUGAUAGUUCUUUCUGUUAUGACCAUUUAAUUUGCUUUAAUAAUGGGGUGCUUGUCAGUAAAUAAAUUGUUCUUGUUCCUCCAGUCUCAUUGGGCCGGACAUAUUCACAGCCA